CUUGCGCAGACCAGUUGGGUCGGACACGAGGACAUAAUAUUAAUAUUUUUUUAUUUAUAGAUAUAAUUACUUAAGUAUAAUUUUGCACCUGAUAAGUGAAUAGUAUUGUGGAGAGAAGAUUGUUGUGACAAUUUAAAUACGAUUUUUGAUAUAAUUAAAUCACAAUGGCGGUGGUCCAGCAAGCCUUACAAGGAUACCAUUAUGUUUUUGACGAAUUAUCAGACCCUCGGACAAAGGACUGGUGGCUAAUAUCAGGCCCUGGCCCACUCCUCACAAUAAUUGCAACGUACCUCUACUUCUGCACAAAGGCAGGACCACGAUAUAUGAAGGACAAAAAGCCUUACAAUCUAAAAGGAGUUGUGAUGGUCUACAAUAUUUUCCAGAUCAUUCUCAGUCUGUUCAUGACUGUUCUUGGUUUCUCUUUCUUCCUUACUGAGAGUUAUGAGAACAAAUGCUAUUCCGUGGAUUACUCAGACAACCCCAGAGCAAUGCUGUGGGCGUCAGGUGCUUGGUGGUUCUUCUUCGCCAAGAUCACAGAACUGUUGGACACAGUCUUCUUCGUGCUUCGGAAGAAGGAUAGACAGAUCUCCUUCCUCCAUCUUUACCAUCACAGUAUAAUGCCCAUCAUUGGGUGGAUUGGAGUCAAGUAUGCCGCAGGAGGGCAAUCGAUUCCCGAGGGUUGCAUUAACGCGUUUAUCCACGUAGUUAUGUACACAUACUACUUGAUCUCCGGCCUUGGACCCCAGUACCAGAAGUACCUGUGGUGGAAGAAGCAUCUCACUACUAUGCAACUGAUCCAGUUCUGCAUCAUCGUCUACUUGAAUGUCAACAGCCUAUUCUCAAGCAGUUGCAACUAUCCUAAGUACUUAAGUAUCUUCGUCAUGAUGAACUGCUUCGCAUUCUUCUACAUGUUUGGAAAAUUCUACUACAACAGCUACGUGCAAGGAACCAAAAAACAAUUCGUGCCCAUUUGUCUGAAGUCACAAUGAAGUUGAUUCUGCUUUCAAAGCUGAAGGUUAAGAAUUGAGUCUAACGGUGGUAGUGUUUCAAUUUCGCAUUCUAUUGCUCCUCCAUCUGUUUUAGAAUCGACCAUAAAAUUGAGAGUUUAAGCUUUAAACUCAUUUGCACAUCACAAUUUUGACUAGGUUUAUUUUUACUUACCGAUAUGUGAUACUUUUGUAUUGUUAUAAUUUUAUUGAUCCUAAAUCUUAUAGGUGAAUGUUUUGUGGUCGUCUUUUGCAAUAUUAAUUAACUUUAAUAUUAACUUUAUGCCCUCUCUAUAAAGUUGGUUUUUGAAGUUAAAUGGCUAGCUCAAAUCGCUUUAUUUGUAAAGCGCCUGUACAUAUUUUUAUAUUUCCUGUUGCUGAACUGUAUCUUAGUGUAAAAAAUAUCUUUAUCUUUA